UGAAUCACGAGAAAGAGAGGUUAGAAUUCUCGCGACGCACAGGAUCUGCCGCACAACAAAGGAUGUUGCUCCACCACUGGGGCUUGUGAUUACGCACCACAACCGGAGCACCGAGGUGAAACAUCCAAACCACCCUGAACUCACUGCUGAUAAGUCCCUUAAAACCUUAAGGAAAAGGAGAAAGUCCAAGCCAGUCCACAAAAAUGAAGAAAUACUAUCAAGCAGCUCUAGCCCUGACGGCAGCACUCAGUCUUAUCGCCCUUCUCUUCUACCGACAUGAGUACAACAAGCUCAGAUUCGUCCUCCAAGUGUUCAACUACUUCGGCACACCCUCGCAGAACCCAGCUAACGAAAGUUGUUCAAUCUCUACAAGUAAAUUCCGCUCGGACUUCUCUGAGCCCUCAGCAACGUGGCAGAGACUAUCAGACGAUCUCCACGUUUUCUCAGCCUACCACAUCGACGAGGAAGUCCGAGCUAUUGCAUUCGGCAGCACUGAUUACCUGAAGAACAACGUGCUCACCUGUGCCAUCUCUACGAAUGCAGAGAAUCCCCGGAGAAUUGUGGGAAAUUUCGCGUACGAAAUCACGUCUGAGAACGACUCCAUCGACGUUGCCUACGUCAACGGACGUAAAUUCUACGGUCUCGUUCUCUUAUGCAAUGGGGCAAACGUCUCGAAGCAUGAGAAAAUCACUGGAGUUCAGUUUUCCGGGGGUGAGAAAUCAAAAGCGAUCAUAAAAGUCAGACGGAUCGCCGAGACAGGGAAUAAAAACGAUUCAGUAAUCUGUGUUGCGCCCCCCAAUUUGAACAAUGACGAGCCCCUGGGGAAGAGGAUGGACAUGAUAUCGUUCAUAGCAUUCCACAGGAACAUUGGACUGGAUAAUUUUAUCGUUUAUGACUUUGGAAUUCCCGACGUUUUUAAUGUAGCGAUGAAGUCCCUGUCUGGAGUUUUGAACAUGAAUUUCACGUACUCAACAGUUGCCUGGAAUUUUCCUUACGAGGGGGUGGAUUACAAGGUAAUCAGGCACCUUGUCGAGUCUGACUGCCUGUACAGGACCUUUGGAAGGGCGAAACUGGCUGUGACCCUGACGUGGAACGAAUACAUCAAUUUGAAGUACCAUUGGACGUUGUCGAAUGUCAUUUCCGAUUUCAAUAAGGCAGCGGGGGGUUCCAUGUCUGGGGACCCCUUCGGGGUUGAAACAUUUGUAUUUUGUGUCGACGGAUCAUCUGGAGACUCCCUGAAUUUUUCUACUCCAAUGAUAUUGUCGACGACCAAGAGACUCAGGGGGCAGGCUAAUAAGGAGGAUAGACACAUUUAUGAGCUUGAGGACAAGGGCAAGGUAUUCAGGAAGAGAAACUUUCGGAGGAAGUUGGAUGAUUUGGUCGAGGUUUAUAAGUACGAGGGAUGCGGUGGAGAUCAGGAAGUAGUAGAGAACCAGGUGCUGAGGUUUGCUGAGAAUACUCCAGGUUCAACGGUCUUUCAGUAUUAUAUCACUGGGGGGUUGUUCAGUGAUUGAGAUUAUAGAGCAUUGUAUGCUUUAGAGAUUUUUGUAUCGAAUAAAGUUUUUUUUGUUUUUAAAUAAU